AUGAUCCGCCGCGCCCUCUUCAGGGGCUCUCGGCUCAGGGGCCACGGCUCUCUUGCGUUCCAAGGCACGUCAAACCCCGUGGCGAAGUGUCCAUUCACCGCUGCAUUGGGUGAGCAGAAGCUGGAGUCUGUGGCGACAAGCACGGAGACAGCGGCUUGCCCCGUACUCGGCGUAACCCCUAAGCUGCGGUGCCCGAUAGAAACGCAGCAGUGUAUCAAGACAUUACCAACACAGCAAAUAAUAUACCAACUAGGAAAAAUUCGAUUAUCUGCGUUUGUUACUGCUACAUCAGUAGUAGGAUACGUAAUAUGUGGCGGGGCGAGUCCUGUGAUAGCAUCGGCGGUAACUGUUGGCACUCUCUUACAGUGCUGCUCAGCAAACACGGCAAAUCAGGUCAUAGAGGUGGAGCAUGAUAAGAAGAUGAAGCGAACGUGCCGUCGGCCCUUGCCAAUGGGCUACGUAACACGAACAAAGGCCUCAGCCUUAAGUGGUGCUGAGUUAUUCCUUGGCACUGGCAUUCUAUACCUUGUAAACCCACACGUGGCCGCUCUGGGCGUGUUUAACUGGCUUCUGUACGUUGCUGUGUAUACCCCACUUAAACGUGUUUCAGCUGUGAAUACGUGGGUAGGCUCUAUUGUUGGGGGAAUACCCCCUCUGAUGGGUGGCAUAGCUGCAGUGGAUGCCGUGACAGGUCCUGCGUGGCUGUUAGGAGCUCUCCUUGUGGCGUGGCAGAUUCCGCACUUCAUGGGACUGAGCUUUCAUUGCCGUCGCGACUAUGAGUCCGCUGGCUACAAAAUGCUGGCGUUUUACAACCCGUGGCGUGCAUCUUUUUAUGCCGUGCUUCUCUCCCUCGCGAUGGCUGUCAUGACGCUGGCUGGCCCGUCCUUUAUCGGUAUGCCUGUCGAAGGGUGGUUCUACCCCGCGAUGGUUAUUGCCAACUUUCUUAUGGUAUACAAGGCGUGGCUGUUUCAUUGUGAUCCAAAGUUGCACUGUCGCGGUUGCUUCGUGUUUUCCUACAUGUACCUGGCGAUUACCCUGGCAGCCUUAAUACUGAAUCACUUUGAGCCGGUAGAGAGGUUUAUCACCACAGUUGAAUGCGUCACAGCUCUUCUAAGUAGCGAAGAUAAAGAGUCGGUCUCUCUGGGAUAG